AUGUAUUUCCAAUUCAACUCAACUAUUGAAAUUCAGCCGGAAGAGAGGACAUGGGCGGCUAUUCUACUUCUCUUGAUAAGUCUAGCUGGAGGUAUCAUCAAUGCCUACAUUGGUUCCGGGUUCCUAUUUGGAAUCAGAUUCAGAGGAGGAUUUUUCAUUUUCUCAAUUUCCAAAUCGUUCUCGAAUAUUCUAGUUUGUUCAUUGGUUUUCUUUUGGAUGGUUCCAGCAGUUUUCUUGAAAGCAAAUCUGGUAUCCACCUAUGUGAACAUCAUCCUGAGUCAGCUCUUGCUAUUUGGACUUUACAUUCAUGGAAACCUAACUCAAUGUUUCUUAUCGUUAAACCGUUUUGCUGCAAUCUGUUUUGUCGGAAAUGUGAAGAGAAAAAAUUCGGAUUUGAUUGCUUUGGGAGUGUUCACUUCCUGGUUUGCAGCUAUUAUUUGGACACUUCUAGGAUAUCCAGAAUGCACAUGCUAUUUCUCAUCUGAAACUCUUACCUUCCAUUACACGGAUGAUUGUCAUGUCUCGAAUUAUCAACUUCAAUUGUAUUGUGCUUUUGUUUUAAUGAUGAUUUCCAAUAUGUUGAAUGUCAUCAGUUUUCUCAUUAUAUGUUGUGGAGGAGCUAAGACCAUAAGUUUCUCGUGUCGUAAUGCACCUCGCAGGAAACAGAGAAACGCUCGAAUGUUUAUUCAGUGCAUGCUUCAAUCUAUUCUCUUCAUCAUCGACGUCUCCCUCAUCUCAUCUCUGAAUUCUGGAUCUUCUGGAGACAUUCUCGUGGCACUACCAUCAAUGGCAUACUUUGCACUUUUUGAUGGACUUAUCAUGCUUCUAUGCAACAAUGACAUCCAACCAGCAUGCAUUGCUUCUAGAAAUCUCCAGAAGAAAAGUUCGGUGAUUUCAAUAUCAGCCAGUGACUUCAGGAUGUAA